GUUACUUAUCAUUCUCUAAUUCAUAGUAAUUAAUAAAUGUCUUCUGUAAAGCAAUUUCUAUUUCUUGUACUCUUUGAAACCAUAAAUGUUUGCAUCACUGAGAUUGUGAUCAAGAAGGUUGAAAUGAGACAUUUGAGACCAAAGGAUAUUGGAUUAAUUUUUGAUAUGACAGUAUAUAAUGAUCCGAACAAGAAAAAAGAAUCCUUAGAUUUCCGCAUACAAUGUGAGAAGUGCUGCAUAAAAGUACCGGACAAUUCGACAAGCUGCGACGUAGCUCAGCUGGUGGGUGGAAACUUUGGAAGCGUUAUGCCUGGUUCUACCAAAGUUGUUAGUCUUGUGUGGCCUACAGUUACUUUGCAUAAUAGAGUCGGUUCCUGCGAUAUAUUUAUCACCUCGCAAAACAAAACUGGGGGAAGGAUUAAAAUAAGCCACACGAUUCAUUUCGACACCACCAUCAAUAAACAAAUGGUCACCGAACAUGUUAAAGCCUACAUAAAUAGCGUAAAUUACACGCAGUGCUCAGGUCCCGAUCUAGACCCUUUACGAAAUUGCACUCCAGCCGAUUGUGAAGAAAAGUAUUUUGGACAAAGGAAUUUCUUCAAUACAAAAACGAACUUUUGUGAACCUGUCCCGGAUUGUAGUGCGGUAGAUACUGGAGAUGCAAUCUAUGACUAUACAGUUAAUGAAUGUGUGGAUGUUAAGCGAAUUGUUUGCCAGGAGCAUAUCGACAAAAUGCAAAAAGGAGGAUAUGAUGGGAAUAUGUGGGAACCUAAGCACGAUACGGAGUCAUUUGCUAACAUAACCCACAUGCCUUUGGAAAAAUAUGAGGGAAAUAUGAAAACCAACGACGUGAUAGAUGUGGAUGCAAAGUCUCCUUGGACCGGUAUCCUUCAAGGAUUUCUGAUGAUAAUAGCAGCUUUGGCAAUUUAUCUGUGCAUUUCAUGUUGCACUUUUUCGCUGAUGGUUUUGAUAACGAAGCGUUCAUCAGGACCAAAUAACAAUUAAUAUAUUAAGACAUAAACCGUGUUUUUAUGUCAUGUUAUAUAUUGCAAAGUAUUGCCCUAAAUGACGCUUUUAUUUUAUUUUUUCUAAUUGUUACUAAUGUUUA